CGGGGAUAGCUAACCGCUAACUAGGGAGCGUACAUAGGUGCCAGUGCCCAGGUCACGAGGGUAUCGCAGCCGACGAUCGCUCGAAGCGUGGAGCUACACAUCUCUCAAGCGCGAUGGUCAGCAAGGCGGAUCUACAAGCAAACUUCCAAGAGAUCUGUAGAAAAUCGAUGCUGCAUCGUCCUUUCCCGUCGCGAACGCUGCCAAAUCCGACUUCGGUUGCCAAGCUGCCCGCGCUCCCGAAUGAGCUGCUGCUCAUGCUCGGCGACCGUUUGUCGCCGAGAGACCUCAACGCGCUGCUGAGGACGUCGAGGCACAUGCAUGCGCUGUACAACGACUACCUCUACAAACUCACCGUGCGCGAGAAUGGCAAUUUCACCCUGUUCUGGGCCGCCAUCAAGGGCCAGCCGACCGUUGCGCGCAAGGUGCUGGCUAUGGGUGCCCAGGCCGAGGCCGAGUGCAGGGGGUUUUACCAGCAGUUGACGGCCUACGGGAGUGUCCAUGAGACGCCGCUGCUCACGGCUAUCGCGCACAACAGGCUGGACGUCGUCAAGGUGCUGGUCAAACACGAUGUCGACAUCAAUGUCCAAGGGUCCGGGAGGCUGAUUCCGUUGGAUAUGGCUACCAAGGACGGGAAGGAGGAUAUAGUAGAGGAGUUGUUGAAGCGCGGAGCGAACGUCAAUCAGACCUCAGACCUCCGCCAGACGCCGCUGCACUCGGCGGUCACCGGUAAGCACAGUCCGAGCUUGAUCAGACUACUGCUCGCCCACAAGGCUCGUGUGGACGCAGUCGACGGUGAUAGGAACACCCCGCUGCACAUGGCGUACGACAAGGAGACGGUCGAGAUACUGGUCAAGGAGAGUGCUGGGAUGAUUGACGAUGCCAAUAUCUGGGAUGUGACGCCGCUGUCGAUCGCCGUCAAGGCGAAGGACAAGGAGCGAGUGCGGGUGCUCCUCGAGAAUGGCGCCGGAGUCAACAUUCCCAACCAGAAGGGCGAAACCGCUCUGUUCUGGGUCGGCAGGAAAUGGGACAACAUGCGACAUCCCCCCAUCAAGAUCUCGGAUGACUCGGAUGUCGAGAUCGCGCGGACGUUGCUCGAGUUUGGCGCCAACAUCCACCACACCGAUACCAAUCUCAGCACCGCGCUCUUCAGCAUCGUCGAGCUCGGCGACAUCCCGACCGUCAAACUGCUCCUCGAGAAGGGCUCCAGUGCGGCCGUCCGCAACCGCAAGGGUCUGACCCCACUCCACGUGGCGGCAGAGGAGGGCUGGCCAGAAAUCCUAGAGCUGCUACUGACCCACCACGCCAACGUCAACGCCAUGAACUACUACCGGUCCACCUCUCUGCACCGACUGACCUCCAUCUCUAAGAAACGGAUCCGUGGCAGCCAGGACCGCUACCUCAAAGCCAUGGCGGUGCUCAUCAAGAACGGCGCCAACUUGAACAUGCAGGACCGCAUCGGACAGACUCCGCUGAUGAAGUCGGCCUACCACGGCUACUGGGAGUUCGUCACCCAGCUCAUGGCCUCGCCCGGUAUCGACCUGGCCAUCAAGGACCGCCGCAACAAGACGGCUAGCGAGCUCUCGAAGGAUCAUGGCUCGGAGAGUAAAAUGCUGCUCGACGCUACUAGGAAGGCGACUGAGAUGAAGAAGUCGGAGGGGGACGAGGCGCGAAUGGCCCUGGAUGGGCGGGUUGACAAUUAUUGAAUGCAGCGAGAAUGCCAGUGGGGUGUGAACAGGGAAGGGGGGUGACGGGGAAGGGAAGAUGAGUGUGUUACGAUAUGAUUUGAUGUCUUGCGACGAUGACGACGAUUGGUAUAGAAGGUGUUUGCUUGCUUUCUG